UAGUAGUAGGAGUAACGCCUAAUUUAACAACUCCUCCGCAUCGUUAGUGGCCUCCUCGAUCACAGGCCCCGUAUUAAAACUCACCCCGUCCCAUCUAGGGUUUCCUCCCGAGUCCAAAGCCCGCCCUAAUCCUGUUUCCCAGCUUCUUAUCUGUAACCUGUUUUCUCUCUCUCUCCAUGGCCACGGCGGCGGCGGCGGCGAAGCGGAAACCGGUGUUUGUGAAAGUAGAUCAGCUCAAGCCAGUCACGAGCGGCCACACGCUCGUCGCCAAGGUGCUCAGCUCCAAGACCGUCCUGCAGAAGGCCCGCGCCGGCGCCGGCCCUGGCCCGGUGGCCAAGCCCACGAGAAUCGCCGAGUGCCUCAUCGGCGACGAGACCGGAUGCGUCCUCUUCACCGCCCGCAACGAGCAGGUUGACAUGUUGAAGCCGGGUAAUACCGUUAUUAUUCGCAAUGCAAAGAUUGAUAUGUUCAAAGGGUCAAUGAGGCUUGCUGUUGACAAAUGGGGCCGUGUUGAAGUCACUGAACCGGCAAGCUUUGAUGUAAAGGAAGACAACAAUCUCUCGCUUGUGGAGUAUGAACUUGUCAACGUGGAAGAGUGAAUGCCGUGUCUAUUUAGCUAUUAUUAAUCAGAAGUGCUUUCAAAGUGUGCUGGUCAAAUUCUACUUGUUGAGUUGUCAAGAAUGUGAAAGCUAGAGCUUCUGAGUUUAGAUUGGAGUUGUUCGCUCGAACUAUUGCAAGUUCAUUCUUACCAUGCAAAUCUAUCUAUGAGUCAUUGUUAGUUGCUGCAGCUGUUGUGUCCGUAAGAACAAAUGUCAUGUGCUGAUCAGUGACAUGCUGGUAAAAUCUUCAUCUUCUAAA